AUGUCCACUGAAUGGCUUGUUGUCGUGAGAGACACCCCGGUUAACAACCGAAUGGAACACCGCCCCCAGCACUUUGCUGACAGUCCCCCAAAGUUUACUGCCAACGGCGGUAAGGUGAUUAUGGGUGGUGGGAUCUUCAACUCUGACAAACCCCUUGUGGCUGAUGGUUCCCAGCCUUUACCACCUUUCGCUGGCUCUGCAUUCGUCAUUCGAGCUGAAUCCAAGCAGGAAGUCAUUGACUUCUUGAAGCAAGAUGUCUAUGCCCGUGAAAAGGUUUGGGAUAUGGAUAAUCUCGAGAUCUGGCCGUAUUUGUGUGCUUACAGAGAGGAAAAGACAUUUAAGGCUUAG